AUCAUUGGUGAAUUUCCUUGCAACUUUCGCAACUUCUAUAGAAAACUAGGGGAAGUGUUAGGCGGUGUUACAGCUGGGUUUACAACGGCUUUAACUGCAGCUGGAGGGUUGCUGUUUGAACAUCCCUGAUUGAUAUAACUUUUCCCUCAGUGGAGAACCACCAGUGGACCAAUAGAACAUUUCCCUAGAGUAUUCUUCACCUGUAUGUGAACAAGAAUAUACAAGGGCAUAUAGAAAAUGGAAAGCUCUACCUCUAGUCUCCUGUUAUCUCCAGCCACCCCAACACUACAGUGGGACAUGGAGGACGAGGAGAUUGAUAUGAUUCCCUCUGAACUUGAAAAUGUCCUGAACUUCCUCUCCAUUGUGAUUUACAGCCUGUCAUUUCUUCUGGGGACAACUGGUAAUGGUCUGGUGAUUUGGAUUGCUGGUUUUAGGAUGAAAAGGACUGUCAACACUGUAUGGUUUGUAAACCUUGCCAUUGCUGACUUUAUAUUUACCUUCUUCUUGCCUUUGAGCGUUGCCUACACAGCCCUUGGCUUUCAUUGGCCAUUUGGAACCUUAAUGUGCAAGCUGAAUAGCACCAUCGCCUUCCUUAAUCUGUUUGCCAGUGUAUUUCUGCUCACGGUUAUCAGUGCUGACCGCUGUGUAUCAGUAGUAAGACCUGUGUGGUCCCAGAACCACAGGACACCCAGACUUGCUUCCAUUGUUGCCUUUUUUGUAUGGCUGACAGCCCUUUUUCUUUGCUCCCCUUACAUAGCUUUUCGGGACACCCGUAUAAAUACUGAAAGCAAUGUCACGCAUUGCUACAACAAUUAUGCCUUCUCAGCUGACUUUGAGGAUGAGGAGGUGAUAGCGCUAAGGUCCAUGAGACACCAGGUUGUCAUCUCCAUUCGUUUUGUUUUUGGAUUCUUGCUCCCAUUUGGUCUUAUUGUGAUCUUCUAUUCCCUGAUGGCACUGAAGCUAAGGAGAAGUCAUCUGGCCUGGUCAAGCCGUCCGUUUAGAGUCAUGGCUACAGUCGUGGUUGUCUUCUUCAUAUGUUGGUUUCCAUAUCAUGUCUUUUCAGUGUUGGAGGUGGUAAUGCACCACACGAAUAACAGGACAUUAAAAUCAGCUGUUCUCGUUGGAACUCCCUUGGCUACAAGCUUGGCAUUCUUCAAUAGCUGCUUAAACCCCUUCCUGUAUGUUUUCUUGGGAAGAGACUUUAAAGAGUCAUUGCGGAAGUCCAUUCUCUCUGCCUUUGAAAGUGCAUUCAGUGAGGAACCUGGAAAGACAAAUGACAGUCAUGGCAGAUCCCGCUCCAUCUCUGCCCAAGAGUCUCAUUUCACCUAAUACACCAUUGUAUGUUAUAAAAGAAAAAGCAGAAGAAAACAAAAAGAUGAUUAAGCCCUAGAAGACCAUGUUUGGUUUGGUAUCAUCUGUUCAACAUUUAGGGUAUCUCAUUGUGAUUUUGUAAGUCAAGUAUUAUUCAUAGUAUUUGUAAAAUGGCCCUAUUUCAUUAUGUAAUUUGACUUCAAAAUGACCCUCAAAUCUCCAGCAAUACCUGCUUUUAAAUUACAAAUCUAUGGAUACCUAUAUUUUGUAGUUUGUUUUUCAAAGACUUUCAUACCUUGCUUGGCAGGUAGAGCUGUCAUAUGUUAUUAAAAUCAAGUAUUAUUGAUAUAUACCGUACAAAUAAAUGAUAAAAGAAGAAGAAAUAAGAUUUGAAAAAAGUAUCUAUAUUAGACUGUAAUAAAAGAAAAAGCAGAAGAAAACAAAAAGAUGAUUGAGUCCUAGAAGACCAUGUUUGGUUUGGUAUCAUCUGUUAUCAUCUGUUCAACAUUUAGGAUAUUUCAUUGUGAUUUUGUAAGAAUAAGUAAGUAUAGUAUUUGUAAAAUAACCCUAUUUUAUUAUGAAAUUUGACAUCAAAAUGACAAUACCUAUUU